UAAGCUACGAUCCGUUUUGUGCGCACGUUGCCAUCGAAUUUGCUCGUCGAGAAAUCGCAAAUAAAACAUUUUAAAUCAGCAAACAUGUUCAAAUACGUUGUCAUUGUCGCUCUGGCUUUGGUCGGUAGUGCCGUAGCUGCGCCAGGAUACUUGAGUGGCGCGCAUGGUGGCGCUCUUUUGGGUGGCUCUCUUUUGGGUGGCCUCCAUUCUGGACCGGCCAUUUCGUUGGCGCCCGCCGCUCCAGCCAUUUCAUAUGGCCAUGCUGCACUUGCUGCUCCAUCAAUUUCCUAUGCCGCUCCGACCAUUACCAAGAUCGCUGCAGCUCCGGCCAUCUCAUUAGCUCCGGCUAUUUCGCAUGCACCAGCCAUCUCGUAUGCCGCUCCAGCAAUAACAAAAAUAGCGUCUGCACCUCUAAUCUCGACCGCCUCAAUCGCUGCUCCAUCCUUGGGUUAUGGUUUAGGUCAUGGUAUUGGCUUGGGUCAUGGUAUUGGCUUGGGAAGUGGUAUUGGUUUGGGUCAUGGCUGGUAAAUCUGCACUGUUAACGAAUGGAAGAAAGGCGAGAGGAAAUGGAUUUCCUGUGUUACUGCGAAGGGUCGUUUUGUAAAUGUAAAUAUGUUAUAUAGAUCGUUGUAAUUUUCUUCUUUUCUUAUUUCUUUGCUGAGAGACGCAUUGAAAUCGUUUGUGUAUAAAUUUCUGCCGCUGAAAAUAAACAAAAAAAUAUUAAAAUGCCUAGUGUA